AUGCCCGCCGAGAGUCUAGACAGCCUCAUCAUCUCCCCCGACGACUUCCAGCGCUAUAAUGGCCACCACGCCUUGCACACUCUCGAACUCCCCCGCUCUCCAAGUAACGAGUCCACUCUCCGUGUCGACCCCAAAGCGACUCCUGAUGAUAUCGCCCAAUGGCUCCGGCGGCCAUGCACAAACCAACAUAACACGAACAAUAAUGGCACCAUGAAGAUUCUGCUGAUCCAAACUCAUAACCAGUCGACUGCCAAACGGGCCCCAAGCAUUUUGUCAAACCCCAUGACUUUGUCCGAACGACCAUCCGAGCCUCAGACCUCUCAACAUCAGAAACAGGCCGAGUUCGUCAUUGACAUCCUCAACAACCUCGACCUUCCACUGGCAGCGUUCGGAUCAUAUUUGAAGGCCCAUUUGACUUUUGUUUGUGUCCCGUCCUUUUCGUCCCACUCUCAAUCUGAUAAUGAUGCAAGAAAUACAUCGACAUCCUACUAUUGCAGUGGGACUAGUUGGACAGUGACGUGGACUCACAAUGUUGCAAACAGACAUACCGCAGCUGUCAUGUGGUAUCGGGAAGGCGACGGCGACCAGCGAAAGAAUGAGGUCCUUGCAGACCUUCUCCGUCUGCAAACUCACCUGUCUCAUCCAAUGCUGCUUGGCUAUGUCAAGACCAAAGUAUCAUUGAGCUUCACCUUCGAUAUGUUGGACGACAUGAAUCGUGAGACUCUUGCUCUAGAACAAGAAAUCGGAUUCCCCACUUGGAAUUGGGUGCUUGAUCGUGUCGAACCAGGACGUGGUGUUUCGGAAACUCAAGACCUCGCUGUCGAAGGGUUCAAUAUCCUUUCCGGCAAGCUUACAAAUAUCAGGUUUCGUCUCAAGACCUUCCAACAACAAAUCAAAUUCAUUUCACGGUGUAACAAUCAAUAUCGACAGUCACUCGACCCAACAGGGCCGAAUUUUCACUCAGCUUGGCGAGAAUGUGAAGAACUGGACCAUUUCAUGAAUGUCAUGUGGGACUAUACAUUCAUUCACCUGUUCGACGCCGACUCCUUGGGCGAAAGACUUCACAAUGCCAUGGCAUCUGUCUUUCAACUGACCACGCAACGGGACUCUCGCGCGAGUCUCGCAGUCGCUGACAUCAACAAUGAGCUCGCAUGGCAAGGGAAGAACACCAACAAGGCAAUGAGGACAAUUGCUUUUGUAUCUUUGCUCUUCCUGCCUGGAACCUUUGUCGCUUCCUUCUUUGACACUCCGAUUUUCAAUUUUGCUGUGCCGCCAAAUCACCAAAAGAUUAUUGUGCCUCUACCAUUUGCCAUAUACUGGACGGUGAGUAUUGUCUUGACGUUGGGUUUGGUAUUAGUGUGGAUCAGCUAUCUUCGACGCAGUAAAGAGAUGGAUCGGCGUGAACGCGAGAUUGAAAGACAACAGUUUCAUGAGCGGAUCAGGAGACGGCAACCAGGCGGUCCUGCUGCUAUGUUGUUAGAGGGUAGAACUGUCAGCAAUACCAGCUACAAGCCUUUUGAAAGGCGAUCAGCUUGGGAACUCCUGACGAGGAACAGGACUCGCGAUGACCAAACGUCGAGAAUCGUGAUGCGAGGUCGGAAAGUCCCAGAGGAGCUGUAUGGAAUCCCACUAAUGCGGCAGUCAUACCAAUCGCCCGAGGUCGGUAUUGGGUCAAUGAAACCGGCCUACCUCAGCCCCAAGGGACACAAGGAAGGCAGCUGGCUGUCGGCAGUGUGA